GAUAUUUUCUCCGCAAGAGUUUUACAAACAAACACGAGUCCUGCUGGAUGAGAAAUUAUUUCGGUCAUUGUCAUAGGAACUGAGAUCCUAUUAUUUGUGUCACCCAAAUAGAAUAAUCGAUUCGUUGCAAAGUCUCUGGAAACAUGGAUAAAGAAACAGCCGUCCUGCAGCGCAGACUAGAAUCUGAGUUGAAAAACUACAAGGAUGCACAAAAAGAGUUUAAUAAGCUGGUACAACAGCAGCAGCUUCUAGAUGGCCAGUACAAUGAGAAUAAAAACGUUUUGGAGGAGUUGCAACUGCUGAAACCAACCAACACGGUUUACAAGCUGUACGGUCCUGUUCUGGUUAAACAGGAGCUGGAGGAAAGUAAGCAAAAUGUAGCCAAGCGCAUUGAGUACAUUAACAAGGAGUUGAAAAAGUGCACCGACAACAUCACUAGUCUCGAGCAGAAGCAAGAUAAGUAUCGAGCAAAUUUACAGAAAUUACAGCGACAGUAUCAAAAUCAGAUUGCGCUUACGAAACCGUGAAUGAUUGGUUGUGAGCCCUUUCAAAGGAAAUAAUUGAUUCGAAUGUCAUCUUAAUAUACUUCGUUUACGCAUUAAUAAA